AUGCGUGCAGCGAGUGCUCCUGCAGAGGAUAGCCUCGUGAUGGGCCUGAUCGAGGACCUCAACGGCCAUCUGCAAGAGGCGGUCCACCAGCUCUCCGCGGAGCUGACGACUGCCAGAAACGUGAUCAAUACCCAACAGGGCCUCAUUACUACUCUCAACGCUAGGCUAGAGAGCCUUGAAACUUACGUGAACGCGCUACAAAGCCGUCAGAUCCUACCACUCGACCCCUUCGCUGCAACGCGUGAGGUUGCGGCGCACGGGCCACCGCCAAGAGCCGCUUCCACGGGAGGCUUAGCGUCCACCCCAAUACAGCUAGAUGCCGCGCCUGAGAGCCGCGCGAUAAACUCAACCGCACCUCAGCCGCAGCCGCGAUAUCAGAAUCCAACAAAGGCUACGAAGCAAGCCAUACAGCCACCUGAGGGCCCUAAAAAGCCCGCACCUACGAAAUGGGCCGCUAUUGCCGCGAAUAACACUCAAUCUGGAGGAUGGAAAACCGUCCAGUAUAAGAAACAAGCCUUGGCACCCUCGAAGGCUCUUUUAUUGUCCGUACCCAGCCCUACUGGCUAUUAUUAUUAUUAUUAUUAA